ACGCCACAAUACAGAAAUACAUACAGAUCCAUGUUUAUGUUAUUUCCAUUCCAAUACUUUCCGGUCCUUCCCCCCUCUCUCUAUCUCUCUAUACCUGCUACUUCCAAGUUCCACUACUGUUUCCUGGUACAUUACAUUCUGGCGCAUUUUAGCCUCUAACAACCGAGCCCUAAUAAAAAGCAUUAUCCUUUUCUUUCUUUGCCUCUUUGCUUUUGCAUAAUCCUUUGGUGAUUUGGUCUCUUCUCUUUUGUUUUUGUUUUGUUUUUUUCUUACUGGGCCAAGGUUUCAACAAUAAUAAUCAUGGCAAUCCUCCCCCGCCUCCAGAGAAGUGAGAAUCCUCCGCAAACAACCCCAUUUUGAGUGAUCCUCUUAGUCUUACUUUGCUUCCUUUUCAGAAGAGAGAGAGAGAGCAGACAAAAAAAGGUUAGAACUUUAGAUCUGGGGAGAGGUCAGAUUGUUUGAGGCACUGGAGAGACCGCAUGGCAUGGCAUGUCUCUUGUUUCGUCUCUGAAUCUUGCUUUCUUUGAAGUUGAAGCUGCAAACAAAAACCUUUCUUCAACUUGAUCUUCUUCUUCUUGUUAUUACAAUGCUGGCUAUUGGGAGUCCUAGCACCAGUAUAAGUGCAAGCACUACUUGCGCUGCUUUGCUAAGAGAACUUGAGCAACUAUGGAAGGAUAUCGGGGAAAGCGAGUUGGAGAAAGAUCGAAUGUUAAUGGAGCUGGAGAGGGAAUGCUUGGAUAUAUACAGGAGAAAGGUUGAUGAGGCUGCAAACACUAAAGCACGCUUCCACCAAACUGUCGCCGCCAAGGAAGCCGAGCUUGCAACGCUAAUGGCUGCGCUUGGUGAUAUUCAUUCUCCGAUUAAGGCAGAUAAGAGGUCUGCAUCCUUGAAGGAGAAGCUUGCAUCUGUCACACCCUUGGUUGAAGAUUUGAAGAAGAAGAAAGAUGAAAGAUUGAAGCAAUUUACAGAUAUAAGAGCUCAAAUAGAUAAAAUUAGUGGAGAGAUUUCUGGAAAUCACCCUCUCAAUAGUGGUGUAAGCAGCAUAACAGUUACAGAGGAACAAGAUUUGUCACUUAGAAGACUAAAUGAAUAUCAAACACAGCUCCGUGGUCUUCAAAAGGAAAAGUCCGACCGGCUUCAAAAGGUCUUGCAAUGUGUGAAUGAGGUGCAUUCUCUCUGUGGUGUGCUUGGAUUGGAUUUUGGUCAGACAGUAGAUAAUGUGCAUCCAAGUUUGCACGGGACUCAGGUGGAACAAGCCACUAAUAUCAGCAAUAGUACAUUGGAAGGCCUGGAGCAGACCAUUCUCAAGUUGAAAACAGAAAGGAAAGCUCGAGUCCUGAAGUUGAAGGAUGUUGUUGCUCAACUAUUUGAACUUUGGAAUUUGAUGGACUCAUCAAAAGAAGAGAGAAAUAGUUUUAUAAGGGUUACCUCUAUUUUUGGGUCUGCAGAAUCACAGAUCACCGAACGCGGUGUUCUUUCAACAGAGAUGAUAGAGAAGGCUUCAGCAGAAGUGGAAAGGCUCACCAAACUAAAAGCAAGCAGAAUGAAAGAACUUGUUUUUAAGAAGAGGUCAGAGUUAGAGGAAAUUUGCAGACUGACUCAUAUUGAACCCGAUAUUAGUACUGCUGCUGAAAAAGCCAGUGCAUUAAUAGAUUCGGGUCUAGUUGAUCCAUCUGAACUAUUAGCUAACAUUGAAGCACAGAUACUAAAGGUAAAAGAGGAAGCUUUGAGCAGAAGAGAAAUAACAGAUAGGAUUGAUAAGUGGCUUUCUGCCUGUGAAGAGGAGCAUUGGCUUGAUGAAUAUAAUCAAGAUGACAAUCGGUACAAUGCUGGGAGAGGUGCCCACAUUAGCCUUAAACGUGCAGAGCGAGCCAGAGUUACUGUAAGCAAAAUUCCAGCAAUGGUUGACAAUCUUAUAAAUAAAACAUUAAUCUGGGAAGAUGAAAACAAGACUCAUUUUCUAUAUGAUGGGGUACGCUUGGUGUCAAUUUUGGAUGAUUAUAAGCUUACCAGACAACUGAAAGAAGAAGAAAAGAGACGAUGCAGGGACCAAAAGAAGCUGCAAGAUCUACUCCUUAAUCAAAAGGAAGCCAUGUAUGGGUCUAAACCUAGUCCACGCAAAAGUAACAGCUUUAGGAAGACAAAUGGGUAUCGAGCAAACGGCAAUGGUUCUUCUAUGCCUCCUACACCUCGCCGUAACUCUGUUAGUGGUGGUGGAUCAUCCGAUCUACUUACACCUCGUUCCUACUCUGGCCGCCAGAAUGGAUAUUUUAAGGAAAUGAGAAGAUUGUCCACUGCACCUUUGAACUUCGUAGCUAUAUCGAAGGAAGAUUCGAUGUCAUCAUAUACUUCGCAUUGUGGUUCAGAGCCUGAGUCUCCUCCCCAGCUCUAACUAAAAAGAAGAAAGAAACAAAAAAUGGAGUAGGCUUAAUAUUUUCUUGGGUAUCUGUAACAACAUUAUCGAGAGCAAGAACCAGGCUCAGAACCUUGUGAAUAUGAGAUCAGAUGGAUUGUACACUAGUAAUUUGUUUGUAAUAAAAAGCUGAGAUUGAUAUAUAUAUGUACAUGGACAAUGUUAACUGACAUUUGAGGACUAGAACUAGGGUGUUUAUGCUAUGGAAGAACGAAAGUUUUCCCCGAAGUGUGUUGAUACUUGGUAGGGAUACUUGAGGAAUGGGACUCCUUUAAUUGUAGAGAGAGGGUUAUGGUAAUAAUAUAUAGUGUUUGACUUUGACCGUUAGACCAUAAAUGCUAGAUGAACAAGUCAUUGUAACC